AUGCGAAAGGGCACGAGGGAGCGCCGCGGCUUCCAGUGGUCGCUCCCCGUCGCAUCCGCACCCCCCGCCGCCUCCGCUCCGCGCGCUUCCGCGCCCCCGCAUUCCGCCUUCCCCACGCCACCCCGGCGCUCGUUCCUCAGUGCGCUUGUAUGGGGCAGUGGCGGAGGACGGGCGGCGGGAUCAGGGGGAGGCGCAACUGCGCGCAUUGGGGGGUUUUCUGAUUCGUUCCGCAUAACCCCUUCGCACUUUUCGUAUUCCCGCAUGCCCUCCCCCGCCACUCCCCCCUCGCUUUCCUCCUCCUCCUCCGCCUCCUGCUGCUCUCUUCUCACCAUUCUCCCAUGCACGUGCCUGUGUCUAGGCUUCGUUAUAGCGGCAUUCCUCCUGUUAGGGUCACGCCUAGUCGUGGUGCAUCAGCCGCAAACGUGGCAGCACCCCCAGUACGCACCAAUCGGAGCUGGACACAUGGAUGCGGGGAAGCUGGUGAGGGGGGGGGAUGGAUUGGCGGAAAUUCCGCCAUCGAUGUUGCUGGUUGCGGGAAGAGGGAUGGAUGCGGGAAGAGGGAUGGAUGCGGGGUUUCGGGGGAAGGGCACACGAAGAAGGGAUGGGGAACAGGGGGGUGUGGCGGAGCAGGGGAGCGGAAGAUGGGGAGAAGGGGACGUUGCGGCAAGGCAUGGGGAGUGGGGUGGAGGCGAGCGGGAAGGCGAGCGAGGGGAGAUGCAGGGAGUGGGUGGGGCGGUGGAAGAGGAAGAGGAGGAAGAGGAGGAGGAGACGGAGGAGGAGGAGGGUGUUUCUGUGGAGGAAGAGGAGGAGAGCGAGAGAGGAGAAGUGAGGAGGAAGGGCGAGGAGGGGAGUGUGUGGGAUGAGAUUAUUAGCAAACUGGAGGAGGGGAAGGGCAAGGGUGGCCGGGGAAGGGAGAAACGAGUCAGGCGAAAACGCAGAAGAGCGGACAAAGGUGGUUUGAGUGGCAUGGGUAAGGUGGGUGGGACAAGAGAAGCAGGUUUCGAUGAUAUUGCGGAGGAGAUAGGAAUGGGGCGUGGGGGUGGGAAGGAUUUGGGAGUGAGGGAUGGGGGAGAGGGAGGGGCUAAGGGAGGGGAUGGGUUGGGCGAAGGAGCAGAAGCAGGUGAUGGGGAAGCUACAGCUGACGGUGUCGAGAGCGGUGCUGCAGGCAGAGGGAGCGGUGAGAAUGGGUUGAAAGCCAGCAAGGGUGGGUUAGAAGGUGGUGAGGGUGGGUUAGGAGGGGGGGAGAGGUCCGGUGCAGGGGGCGAGGAGCAGCAUGAGAUAGACGAGCUGCUGAAAGGCCUGGAGCAGCACCUGGGGGGCGCUGGGCGCACGGGAGGCGGCAGGGGCGGGGAGGGUGGGGAGCGUGGGGAGCGGGUGGGUGGCAGUGAUGUGAAUGCGGGCGAUGGGGGCCAGGCAGAGGAGGCGGAGCAGGGAGAAAGAAGCGAGGGGGCGGGCGGCGGAGCAGCGCAGGGGUCUGAUGGGGAGGCGGACAGGGAGCAGAGCAAGGGCGGCACGGAGGAGAGCAGCAGCGGCGGCGGCGGCAGCAGCAGUGGAGAGGUUGGUGUGAGUGGCAGCAGGGAAGCUGGGCUGGACGGUGCAGUGGAGGAUGGCGGGGACGGGCGGAGAAGUGAGAGCAGUGCUGACAGUGAGGGGCUGGAGGGUGCGGGGUUGGGGAAGGUAGGGGCGGGAGGAGAGGGAGCAAGAGGAUCAGAAGUUAAUGAGGGGAUUGGACAAGGGAGCAAGGAUGUCUCUGAAGAGGAGGAAGGGAAGGAGGGUGGUGCGGAAGGCAGUGCGGACGGUUCUAGUGUUGGUGAGGGUGGCGAGGGUGGUGCGGGUGGUGAGGGUGGUGCGGGUGGUGCUUCAUCAGGUGAUUCCACUGGGAGUGAUGCUGGCGAGAGUGAUAGUAGUGAAGGUGGAAACACUGCUGGUGGGAGCAGUCAUGGCGACACAAGGUUGAGUGUGAGGGAUGAGCGGCCGGAAGAAGGUGGUUCAGAUGAAGGCAUGAGAGACGUGUCAGAGCCAACAGGCAGUGACGGCGGGGAGGCGGUGCGAGGAGGGGUAACAAACACGGGUGGCACUGAGGGGGCGUCUGAUGAGCUGGGGGGAGGGCAUGGAGAGAGGAGUAAGAGGAAAGAGGGCACUAGUGGUGAUGUGCAGGUGGCGCAAGAGGUUGGGGUGAUGGAUGGGAAUGGGGAUGGUGCGGGGAGUGGUGACGGCGAGGGCACAGGCAGUGGCUCAGGCAGUGGAGUGAGUGACAUGUCAGCCAGUGGAACAAGCAGCCAUGCUGGCAAUGAUGCUUCGGCCACUGAUGCUCUAGCAGAGGCAGAGGUAGAGGAAGCAGAGGCAGUAGCGGCGCUUGAGACGGAGGUUGAGGAUGAAAGAAACCUUUCAUGA